GGGCAACAAGUCAACGAAAAAAACAAACAGCCAAAAGGACGAGAGCAACAGAGAAGAUAAGAGAGAGUCAGCUGCUGGACGGAGAAAAAGAGAGAAGAGCCUGUAGAGCACAGAGAGAGAGAGAGAGAGAGAGAGGGAGAGAGAGGGAGGAGAGAGGAGAGAGCAGAGAGCGAGAUAAGAGUUUGACAAACAGGAGACAUUGAGAGGAAGCACAUGGUGUAAAAAUGCCCACCAACUUCACUGUGGUCCCGGUAAAGGACGGCACAAGAAAGGCAAAAGAGGGGGACGAGGAAGAUGAUGUGGAUGACAACAAUGCGCUGAAAGAGGAGGAGGAAGACACCACAGGUGAUGGCGUCCCAAAGGAAAACAGUCCCUUCAUCAACAACACAGACAACGACAAGGGAAACAGCUACGAUGGCACCAACAUGGCACUUUUUGAGGAGGAAAUGGACAGCAACCCCAUGGUGUCAUCUCUCCUCAAUAAACUGGCAAACUACACCAAUCUCACGCAGGGAGCCCAGGAGCACGAGGAGGCCGACGAUGAUGAAGGACCCAAGAAGAAAGCUGUCAAGAGCCCUCAGAUGGGGACCUUCAUGGGUGUCUACCUCCCCUGCCUCCAGAACAUUCUUGGGGUCAUCCUGUUUCUUCGCCUUACCUGGAUCGUCGGCACCGCCGGCAUCAUGGAGUCCCUCGCUAUCGUCGGCUUGUGCUGCUCUUGUACCAUGCUCACAGCCAUAUCCAUGAGUGCAAUCGCUACUAAUGGAGUUGUGCCAGCUGGAGGUUCCUACUACAUGAUUUCCAGAUCUUUGGGUCCAGAGUUUGGUGGAGCUGUCGGUCUCUGUUUCUACCUGGGCACAACCUUCGCCGGCUCCAUGUACAUCCUGGGUACUAUAGAGAUUCUACUGACCUACAUCGUGCCGAAGGCAGCCAUCUUCAUAGCAGAGAGAAAAGAGGAUGAGGUGGACGCCCUGCUGAAUAACAUGCGUGUUUACGGCACAUGUUGCCUAGCACUGAUGUCCAUCGUCGUCUUUGUUGGCGUCAAAUACGUCAACAAGCUAGCUCUUGUCUUCUUGGCCUGUGUCAUUCUCUCAAUCCUCGCCAUCUACGCUGGAGUCAUCAAGACCAUCUUUGAGCCUCCUGACUUUCCUGUUUGCAUGUUGGGGAAUCGCACUCUGCAGAACCAUGGCUUUGACAAGUGUUCUAAGUUGGAGGUGAUAGGAAACCUUACAGUCACUACCAAGCUAUGGCAGCUGUUCUGUGAUGGACCUGAGCUCAACGCCACCUGCAACGAAUUUUUUGUAAACAACAAUGUGACCGAGGUGCAGGGCAUCCCCGGACUGACCAGCGGAGUCAUUUCAGAGAAUAUGUGGUCAGAAUACGGCCCUCUGGCUAUGUUGGUAGAAAACAAGAAGCUGUCAUCUGUUGGAGCAAGUGACCCAGCCACGGAUAUCUACUUGCCCUAUGUUGUGAACGAUAUCACCACCUUCUUCACACUGUUGGUCGGCAUCUACUUCCCAUCUGUCACUGGUAUCAUGGCUGGUUCAAACCGGUCAGGUGACUUGAGGGACGCCCAGAAGUCUAUCCCCAUCGGGACCAUCCUGGCUAUCGCCACCACCUCCUUCAUCUACGUUACCUGCGUGGUGCUGUUUGGUGGCUGCAUUGAGGGCGUUUUACUUCGAGACAAGUUUGGUGACUCAGUGAAAGGGAACCUUGUUAUUGGCACGCUGUCUUGGCCCUCACCCUGGGUCAUUGUGAUCGGCUCUUUCUUCUCCUGCUGCGGUGCCGGGCUGCAAAGUUUAACCGGGGCCCCGCGCCUCCUGCAGGCCAUCGCACGAGACGGCAUCGUACCUUUCCUACAGGUGUUUGGUCAUGGGAAAGCUAACGGGGAACCUACCUGGGCUCUACUGCUCACUGCUGGGAUCUGCGAGAUCGGCAUCCUCAUCGCCUCCCUGGACGCCGUGGCUCCUAUCCUCUCCAUGUUUUUCCUCAUGUGCUACCUGUUCGUCAACCUGGCCUGUGCAGUUCAGACCCUGCUGCGAACGCCCAACUGGAGACCACGCUUCAAAUACUACCACUGGGCUCUGUCCUUCCUGGGAAUGAGCUUGUGUCUCGCUCUCAUGUUCAUCUCGUCCUGGUAUUAUGCUAUAGUGGCCAUGGCCAUCGCCACCUGCAUCUACAAAUACAUUGAAUACAGAGGGGCAGAGAAGGAGUGGGGUGACGGCAUCCGUGGUCUGUCUCUUAAUGCAGCUCGCUACGCUCUCAUUCGCCUUGAGGAGGCUCCACCACACACCAAAAACUGGAGGCCUCAGUUGUUGGUGCUCCUGAACCUGGACUCGGAUCAAGUAGUCAAACACCCUCGCCUGCUGUCCUUCACCACUCAGCUGAAGGCAGGGAAAGGCCUGACAAUAGUGGGAAAUGUUUUGGAAGGAACCUACCUCACCAAAGACGCAGAGUCAAAGAGGGCUGAGCAGAACAUCAAGUCUGUGAUGACAGCAGAGCGUACCAAAGGUUUCUGCCAUGUUGUCGUGUCUUCCAACCUUAGAGAUGGCUUCUCCCAUCUCAUCCAGUCUGCGGGGCUGGGAGGCAUGAAGCACAACAGCGUCCUAAUGGCCUGGCCUGGAAACUGGAAGCAGUCCAAUGACCCACAGUCAUGGAAGAAUUUCAUAGAGACGGUACGGGAGACCACAGCUGCCCAUCAGGCCUUGCUUGUAGCUAAGAAUGUGGACAGCUUCCCUACAAACCAGGACCGCCUCGGGGAGGGCACCAUUGACGUGUGGUGGGUGGUUCAUGAUGGAGGCAUGCUGAUGCUGCUGCCCUUCCUGCUGAGACAGCACAAGGUGUGGAGGAAAUGCAAGAUGCGCAUCUUCACCGUGGCCCAGAUGGACGACAACAGCAUCCAAAUGAAGAAAGAUCUCCAGAUGUUCCUUUACCACCUGCGACUGGAUGCAGAAGUAGAAGUAGUGGAGAUGCAUGAUAAUGACAUCUCAGCCUUCACCUAUGAGAAGACUCUGGUGAUGGAGCAGAGGUCUCAGAUGCUGAAACAGAUGCAACUCUCCCGGACUGAGAGGGAGAGAGAGAUUCAGAGUAUCACUGAUGAAUCGCGUAGCUCAAUCCGGAGGAAGAACCCAGGCGCCGGCCAGAGCUCGGGCCUAAGCCGGCAGUCCUCUCAGACGGAGGACACUCUGGAGGACGAGGCCCAGCUCAUCCACGACAGAAACACAGCGUCUCACGCCGCGAUCAACGACAAGGCCGACACCGUACCCGAUCGGGUUCACAUGACUUGGACCAAGGAAAAGCUUUUCACGGAGCGCAACCGCAACCGCGAGGGCAACGCCAACGUUGCCGUACGCGACCUGUUUAACAUGAAACCAGAGUGGGAGACUCUGAACCAGUCUAAUGUCCGUCGGAUGCACACAGCCAUCAAGCUGAACGAGGUGGUGGUCAACAAGUCGCAGGGCGCCCACCUGGUGCUGCUCAACAUGCCCGGACCACCGAAGAACAGAGGAGGAGAUGAGAACUAUAUGGAGUUCCUGGAGGUUCUCCUGGAGGGUCUGAACCGGGUGUUGCUGGUCCGAGGCGGCGGCCGCGAAGUCAUCACCAUCUACUCUUAAA